CAACUACCUCUUCUAAAGCCCAUUGUUCACGAAUAAUUGCCAAUAAUGUAAAGGUCUUAAUAAAUUCAAUUUAUAUUGUUUCUCGACGAGAAAACCUCCCCUUUCACAGAGCCGCCACCGCUCUUUGACGGAGUCUGUGUACCUGUCCUCGACAAUCCUCGCCGACUACGGGUACGCGGAGGAGAUGGAGCAGCUGCUACAAGGGACGAGGUGGCAUCGCCUCCUCACGAUGCGGGCUGAAUCCAGCCUGCCCCUGACGAUCGAGUUUCUGUGCUCUCUAGAGUUGAAGCCAUCUACAGGGUCGAGGUCGCUGAACUUCCAGUCCAUCGACUCUCGCACCACCCUCACCUUUACUCUCCUAGGGCGGGGAUUUCAGCUGACAGUCGCCUAUCUGGCUACACACUUGGGUCUCUACACAUUGGAGGAAACGUCGGCGCCAGAAUUCGAGGCCGCACCAUACCUUCUCCCUGCAGACGUUGAUCCUGCUGACUUUUGGGCAGAGCAUUCCUCUGAUCAAGACCGCUUUGAGGGCAUGGGUCGAGCCAGCCUUCAAAAUUGUAUGAACACUCGUUCUCGCGGUGAGAACAUUCUUCUGGGAACCAAAAACCCCGAACUUUUGCUCUGGCGUCGCACCGUUAAAAUCCACCGUCAACUCGAGUUCCACGACGAAGAGCAAAGAAGAGAAGAAGAAGAGGAAGCAAGUCACGAAGAAGAGAACCAACACUCAGAAGAAGAAGAGGAAGCAAGUCACGAAGAAGAGAACCAACACUCAGAAGAGGAAGAGGAGCAAGAAAUGGCGGCUAAUCCUAGACGAACGAUCCUUCAAGCCAUGAGCCCGGCGUACGUAGAGGAAGAUCCCAUAGGCCUCCCUGCUAGUCAAGCCCAUUCGUUUGAAAUCAAACCAGCAAUGAUCCAAAUGGUCUCGAAUAACCAAUUUGGAGGCUCGAAGGCUGAAGAUCCAAGGGCACACAUGCUAUGGUUUUCAAGGACCUGUCAAACAUUCCAGUCCAAUGGUCUAUCUAUGGAUCAUGUUAAACUGUCGCUCUUUCCCUUUUCCCUCCGGGAUCAGGCAGCUAGAUGGUUAAACACAUUCCCUAAUGGCCAUUUCAAGACCUGGGAGGCGUUGCACCAGGCAUUCAUGCACGAAUAUUUUCCACCCUCUGCCAUGGUAAAAAUAAAGAACUCCAUCCAAAACUUCCGACAAGCGCCUAUGGAAUCAAUGAGCGAAGCAUGGGAAAGAUUCAAGGAGUUGAAGGUUAAAUGCCCACCUGCUUUGAUUGAUUCCGAUAGUUUGAUGUUCUACUUUUACCAAGGCUGGACAGUUCCAUCCAAGAAAGAAUUGGACCACUCUUCUAAACUUGGUUCUUUUCUGGAGAUGACACCCGAGGAGAAUGAGGAGUUGGUAGACAGGCUUACAUCAAAUGCUAAGUAUUGGUACGAAGACCGAGCUCCUCCUCCUAAAGCUGGCAUGUAUGAAGUAGACCAAUUCACAGCACUCAAGGCUAGUAUGGAGAGCAUCGUGAAACAAACUAUCAAGGAGCACCUAGGAGCUUCCCACCCACGUCCCAAUCUGUAUACUGAACCAGUGAAUCAAGCUGAGCUUUAUGGUUCUGUUAGAGAACAGGGGAACCUUCCAGCUACCACCGAACCAAACCCGAGGGAGCAACUUCGAGCCAUAACUUUGAGAAGUGGUAAAGAGCUCCAAGGCCCAGAAGUCGAAGCCAAUGUAGAUGAAGAACCUGCGGAAACCUCUAUAGGAACAACCCCUCAAAAGAAGUCUGAUUCCGUACCUCAAGAGACGAGGAAGGAGGAAACCUCCUCAGGCCAACCCCGACCAACCAGGCAACCUCAGCUGAACAGUAUUCCCUUCCCUACUAGGGUGAAAAAGAACAAGGACGAGAAGGCUUUCCAAAAGUUUCUCGACAUUAUUGGCCAAGUUGAGGUCAAAAUGCCUUUAGUAGAUGUAUUAACUGAGAUGCCCAAAUAUGGUAAGUUCUUAAAGGACCUCGUAACUAAGAAGAGGGAUUGGGAGGAAUUCCCAGUUGUCAGCUUAAAUGCUGAAUGCUCUGCUAUGUUACUUGAGGAAAUGCCUAGAAAACGAAAGGAUCCUGGGUGUUUCAUCAUCCCUUGCUCCAUCAACGAUAGAACCUUUGGAGACGCUCUAGCUGACCUAGGAGCUAGCAUUAAUUUAAUGCCUUCCUCUAUCAUGAAAGCGUUGGGAUUGACUGGACUUAAGCCCACUCAAAUGUGUCUUCAAUUAGUAGAUAGCUCUAUUCGUUACCCCAGGGGGGUGAUUGAAGACGUACUUGUGAAGAUGCCUCACAGACCAGCAUACCUGACUGCCUCGCGUGCCGAUGUUCACCUAGUGGGUUCUGGACCCAUCCAGCGCUUUGAGAUGUGGGGCCACCACCGCUCUUUGAUGGAGUCUGUGUACCUGUCCUCGACAGUCCUCGCCGACUACGGGUACGCGGAGGAGAUGGAGCAGCUGCUACAAGGGACGAGGUGGCAUCGCCUCCUCACGAUGCGGGCUGAAUCCAGCCUGCCCCUGACGAUCGAGUUUCUGUGCUCUCUAGAGUUGGAGCCAUCUACAGGGUCGAGGUCGCUGAACUUCCAGUCCAUCGACUCUCGCACCACCCUCACCUUUACUCUCCUAGGGCGGGGAUUUCAGCUAACAGUCGCCGAUCUGGCUACACACUUGGGUCUCUACACAUUGGAGGAAACGUCGGUGCCAGAAUUCGAGGCUGCACCAUACCUUCUCCUUGCAGACGUUGAUCCUGCUGACUUUUGGGCAGAGCAUUCCUCCGAUCCAGACCGCUUUGAGGGCAUGGGUCGAGCCAGGUUUUGGAUUCAGCCGACUUGGCGAAUCCUAUCUUUUGUGCUUUCGACGUCCUUCUUUGGAAGGCCGUUGAACACGGAUCGGGUAUACCCCGAUGACUUGAUUGUCUUCUGGAGUUUGCACACACGCCAGGAGGUGAAUGUGGCUGUCUUUGUGGCCCGGUUCCUCUACAGCCAGUCUAUGGGGAAUCGGAUGCACAUUGUCUGUGGUUUCGUGGUCACCAUACUCUUCCGAUCACUCGAGGGGACGGCACCCAUUCCGCGGGCCCAGAUGAUGAUGCGAGAUUUGGAUGCAGGCAUGCUGAGGAAUGCUCACAUCCGUAGGAGGUUGGGAGCUAGCUCUACAGAGAGCAACGCCGCUUCCUCAUCUGCGCCCUCGUCCUCAGGAGCAUCUUCGCAGGUCUCAUCUAGGAGAGCCACUCGUCGCCGUCCCACUUCUCAGGCCACUCCAGCUACGACACAGGCGGAUCCGACCACUGAAUGGGCUAGGAAGAUCCUGGAGCAGCAGAAUACCAUCAUGCAGAGGAUGUCCGAAAUCGGAGAGCAGCAGGCAUCCCAGGCUGAGAGCUUUGCUCAGCUUCGGAGGACCUUUACUAGCUUUUACUCAGAUGUGCACAUUGGGCUCACCCCUCGUUCUCCUGAGGGCGACGAUCCAUCCGCCUCAGUUCCUCCACCUCAGUGAUCUUCAUAUUAUUUUCAUUUGAAAACUAUUUCUCUUCGUUUAUGAGCAGGAAUUGAUGAUCAACUGGAUUUUUCGGAACUUCUUAUUUUUCCGCCGGUAACAUCUACUUAUGCACUUGCUCCAUUUUUUAUUUCAAUCGACUCCUUUUGAUUUAUUGAUGUGUGAGUUCUUUUGUUAUUAGUCAAUCAUUUCAACCCGGUAUUAUACUCGUAACAUUUUUUUUCCAACUGCGGGGACGCGGUUGUGUUCAAGUGUGAGGAGGGGAGUUACCUCGUUGAAAUGAUUGAAUGAAACGUGUUUUACUUG